AAAAUCCUGGCAUACUAAGACGAAUAGUGUCGAAUCACUCGGGAGUCAACGAAAUCUCUAUUGUUAUUGGAAUUUACAGAGGACUGUCGCAGAAGUAUUUAACAAAAACAUGUCAUCACUAGAAGACAAAUCUAUUUGGGAUGAUGGGGAGGAGUCUGUUGGUGAAGAGGUUCUUCGUAUGGCCACAGAUGAAAUUGUUGGACGAGCUCGUUUGCUUGAUAAUGAAAUCAAGAUCAUGAGGUCUGAAAUCAUGAGGAUAUCACAUGAGCUGCAGGCACAGAAAGAGAAGAUAAAAGAAAAUACAGAGAAGAUCAAAGUGAACAAGACCCUUCCUUACCUUGUGUCCAAUGUCAUUGAGCUGUUGGAUGUUGACCCUCAAGAUCAAGGAGAAGAAGAUGGUGCUAAUAUUGAUCUGGAUUCUCAAAGGAAAGGAAAGUGCGCUGUUAUCAAAACAUCCACAAGACAGACUUAUUUCCUGCCUGUCAUUGGUCUGGUCGAUGCAGAGAAUUUGAAGCCUGGAGAUCUGGUGGGUGUGAACAAAGACUCCUAUCUGAUUCUUGAGACACUGCCUGCUGAGUAUGACUCGAGAGUGAAGGCGAUGGAAGUGGAUGAAAGACCUACAGAGCAGUAUGCUGACAUUGGUGGCCUGGAUAAACAAAUCCAAGAGCUGAUUGAGGCAGUGGUUCUUCCUAUGACACACAAAGAAAGAUUUGAAGCCUUGGGCAUCCAGCCUCCUAAAGGUGUGUUGUUGUACGGAGCUCCUGGCACUGGGAAAACUCUCCUAGCUCGAGCUUGCGCUGCACAGACCAAGUCGACAUUCUUGAAGCUGGCCGGACCACAGCUGGUGCAGAUGUUCAUUGGUGACGGGGCCAAACUUGUCCGCGAUGCCUUUGCUCUUGCAAAGGAAAAACAGCCAGCAAUUAUCUUUAUUGACGAGCUCGAUGCUAUUGGUACCAAGCGAUUCGACAGUGAGAAGGCAGGUGACCGUGAAGUACAGAGAACCAUGUUAGAGCUUUUGAACCAGAUGGAUGGAUUUCAACCAAAUGCUAUGAUCAAGGUCAUUGCAGCUACAAACAGAGUGGACAUCCUUGACCCAGCCUUGUUGAGAUCUGGUCGUCUGGACAGAAAGAUUGAGUUCCCUCAGCCCAAUGAGGAAGCAAGAGCCAGAAUUUUGCAGAUCCACUCCCGCAAAAUGAAUGUCAACAAAGAUGUCAACUAUGAGGAACUUGCCCGUUGCACUGAUGAUUUCAAUGGAGCCCAGUUGAAGGCUGUUUGCGUUGAGGCAGGAAUGAUCGCUAUGAGACGUGAGGCCACUGAACUGACGCACGAAGACUACAUGGAUGCUAUUAUUGAAGUCCAAGCCAAGAAAAAAGCCAAUUUACAAUAUUAUGCUUAACAUGUUUGCAACUGUGUACAUUGUGUGUACUUCCUCUCUGUGGUCUGUGUACGUUGAAGGUUUUUUCAUUGUAUGAUUGCCAUUUUCCUGGGGGUUCAUGAAUAUGGAGGAGGUUGGAGUAGGGGAUGUCAUUUGUUGGGAUAGAUUUAGUAAGAUUGGUUGAUAGCACAUUAAUUUUCUUUCUGGUGGGUGUGGAAGAUCAUUUGAAGUACGCUGUUUGUGGUUGGUUAAGCAAGAGUCAUAUGGUGAUGUUAGUUUUCUGAGAAGACGUUAUGUAACGGUAUCAGGAUCUUAUGUGACCUCAUGCAAGAAAAAACAAAAAAUCAUAGAAGUACCAGAACCGUUACUAUGAGCAGGCUUUUUCAGAGCAGAUUUUCCAUUUUGUUCAAUAUUUUAUCAUUACUUUUGUGUUUAUAUAAAUACAGUGCAAAUGCAUGGUGAUUGUUAAGGAAUAUUUGAGUAUGAAUGAUGUUGAGAGCUUAUUGAAGUAGGCUAUGCGAGUGUGACAGGUGUGAUUGUAUUUUUUUGAAGAAUAUCAGUAAAAUGUGAUAAAAAGUG